AUGAGGUUGUUACCAUUUGGCCUCGCCCUUCUAACCACGGCGCAUGCGCAAUACUUCUCUGAAGGCUGGAAACCUGGCCAAGCGGUUACGGCGGAGCGUGGUGUCCCGACAGGCAAAUCUGGCGCGCCUCUCGCUGGAGGACACGCUAGUCCACCAGGAGAACAAAUUCCAGCCCAAGACCAAGCGCCUCCAGAGCAUUUCAGUCUAACUGACUUGUUCGAUAUGACCAAACUCAUGAAUACAAGCACGGUCAAGGGUUUAUUCGCCAAAGCAGGUAUCAACAUAACGGCACAACUACAAGCCGCGACGGCGACUCUUUGGGACGAACGCAUACCCCUUAUCACGGACGACAACUAUGAUUCCCUGGUUGUCAACGAGAAGUUUGAAAGUAUGCAGGAAGAACAGGAAAGGGUUUGGAUUGUCGUCGUCUCUGCUCAAACUUCGCGUCAAGAGGGGCUCUCCAAAUUUUUUGACACGGCUUUCGAUGAGGCCUACAAUGAGACGGUUGUCGCGGGUGACCUCCCGAAUGUCCGCUUCGCUAGAAUCGACUAUCUCAACGUAACAUACCUUACCACUAAGUGGAGCCUCUGGGUUGCUCCUGCAAUUGUUGUUAUUCAAGAUCGUGGUCACACUCUCCGUUUCUACCGCCCAAAUCAACUGCGUAUUGCCCACGGCGCCCUCCGACAAUUCCUUAGUCAAGAAGGCUACAAGCAGACGCCUCCGUGGUCUAGCGCAUUCGCUCCUGGCGGAAGUCGUGAAUUUGUCAUGCACUACUUUGCUCUGGGUCUGACCAAAAUCUACAUGAUUACCGUUCGUGUGCCUCGCUGGGUGCUCCUUGUUGUGUCUGGCAGUGCCGCUUCCUUCAUAUUGAACCUUUUCCAUGGGUUUGGACCCAAGAAAAAGACGCCAGCUACUAAUGCACCAACGCCAGUGCGUGCUACACAAUCAGUAACUGCAGCAGCAGCUCCCGCCGCCCCGACGCCUGUCGCUGCAACCGGGAGUCCCAGUGGCGGCGCGAAACAACGCAAAGGAAAGAAAAAAUAG